GCCUCCGGAGGGGCCGGGCAUGGAGCAGACGCGCGGAGGCUGCAGCUGCUGAGUGCGCCCCGCUGUCGCCCGGCUGCUCCUGCUCCUCUCCCGCCGCGGACCAUGGUCUGCCCGGCUCGCCUGGCCCUCCUCCUCCUCCUCGCGGCAGGAUUGAGUGUUCACUCUGCACAUUCAGAACUUACAUCCUCUCUCAGUCCUUCUGAGAGAAGUACCAUUGCGUCAGAAUCAACUCAAACUACUGUCCAUGUCACCCCUGCUGCUAGCACAUCAGCAAACAAGCUACUAUCAGCAACAGCAGUAACAGCGACCACUUCAAGAGACAAAGUCACCUCAGAACCAGCAGAACAGGGCGAUACCACAAUCUCCUCAGGCACCACAAAAGAGUUGUCAGCUACCACUACACAUCUUGCCUCACAUACGGAAAGAGCAAAUGUUUCAGCCACCAGCCCGUCACCGUCAUCAAGCACUGGGUCAGAAUUAACAGUCACAGAACACAGCUCUGAGACUUCAGUUUCCAACCUGACAAAUGCAACAGCUCCAGAUACAGCCACCUCUCCCACAACAGCUCCAGAUACAGCCACCCCUCCCAAAGAGACCCCAGCAACCACCUUUUCUCACCUAAUUAAUACCUUGUCGUCUUCGACAUCGGCAGGUUCUUUCAGACAGACCACCAUUACAAAUCAAAACACAACCCAGCUGCCAAACACAAACGCAUCCACAGCAGCACCCGCUACAGAGAAUGCCUCUACUAAAGAGAUACCCCCAGUGUCCCUCUCAUUAGGCCCAGUGAUCAGACAAACAUCUCAAGUGACUUUGGCAACCAAGUCUGUCUCAGAGGCCGUCUCCACGGAUAGCACCACUUUCUCCACAGGAGUAACCAUGGAAGAGGUCCAGCGUGCUUUAAGUUCAGGAAGCAUUGCAGCCAUUACAGUAACGGUCAUUGUGGUGGUGCUGCUGGUAUUCGGGGUGGCAGCAUACCUUAAGAUCAGACAUUCUUCAUAUGGAAGGCUGUUGGAUGAUCAUGACUACGGCUCCUGGGGAAACUACAACAACCCUCUCUAUGACGACUCUUAGCAAAGGAAAGUUAAUUGGGACAAGAAAUAAAUGUUCUUAUUUAUAAGUGCUUAUACAGUAGAACAAUAAUAAGUCGCCGGAUGUGCAUCCACUUCCAGUUCCAUCCCAUCUUCUCUUCCUCUGUUACACCAUGGAAUCAUACUUUUAAGACAAGCCUAAAUGCUGAAUCAUUGCAGUGGGACUAAACUGAAGCUGACGGACUGCAGUCACGGUCUCGAAACCAAAGGCGGUCACUCCACAAGCGCAAUAAAUUUGAGUUUAUGCUUUUAAGGAGGAAAUUAUAUUAAAAUCUCAGUGAGGGGAUGGGAAGUAAUCACCGAAAGGUUUUCAUCUGUAUGGCUUCUGUUCCUUUGAUUUCUCUUUAAUCUUCCCUGUCUGUUCAGAGCAGAUGGGGUUCUGGUAAGAGCUCUGCAGUGCAGUACAGGCCUUCUACUGUUUAUUACCAAAAGAUCAAAACAAAUUACCCAGGAGGCUGGGAAGUAGAGAAAAGGGAAACUCAGCAGGGUCAUGCCAGAAACUGAUGCUUUUAUUGUUGGUCGUCUUUACCAGGGUGUCUCAUUUUCAGAAUGUUAUAAUUAUAAAUCCAGCCAAAGGUUAAAUCCACCAUCUAUGUCACGGUGGGCGGCAGGUUUGCACACUGAUGUGUUACGCCUUAAAGUGGAAAAUUAGUGAUAAGCAGGAAGGGGUGACAAAGGUACCACUGCUGCUGCCAUGAAGGCACGUGGUAGAAACGCCGGCAGGAGCUGGGAACUUUCUUUUUGGAAGGGUGAAACGUUAGGAGAAAACCCGUACAUUGUCAGCACCGUGGCAACGUAAGAUUCCCUGAAGCGCAACAUUCACAUUCAAAACACCACUUCCUCUGAUCCGACUGCUGCUAGUGAAGAAUAUGGUUAUACCCAAAAUAAACUGCAACUAGGAGAAACCAGUUCUGCUGCCCUUCCCUUCAUUUAGGCUGCUGGGAUGAGUAACUACUAUUUAACACGAGGUAAAGAUCGCAGAAUUAGGCCCAAAAUUAGAAGAUGUGGUAGAGGUUUUCAAAACAGUCUAUGGGAAUUGCACACAUACCUCUCUCUUUGAAAUUAACCCCUGGGAUGCUUUGCUUUGAGUCUCUCAACUUCAUGUUUAAUAGCUGUUCCCUGCAGCAAAUCUUCAGACCAAUUCAGUCAUUUCUCUCUCCCUGACCUCUCCCUUUUCUUUUCUAAAUGUGUGAACAAGUCUGGGUGUGUUUGUUUAUUACAUAAAAGAAACUUGACAGAUCACCAGUGCUGUAAGGAAACAAAUAUAGCGCCUGUUUCUACAGAAUCGGAGAUAGAAGUGUUGUCAUCUGCUACAUAUAUUGCUUUAUUGAAUUAUGUUCUUACAGUUAUUUUUAUCUGGUACGGUCAUUUGCUAAAACAAGCAGGUAUUUUUAAUCCAGAGUUUGUGCUUACUAAACCUGCUACUGCUCCCAGUAAAGAAAGCCAGAGGGGUUCAUUUAUGAGGAGAUCAGAACAGACUUGGCUUGUUUAAAUGCACAAUAGCAUUUCCCAUUGGAGCACACAGGGCCGGCUCCAGGCACCAGCUAAAGAAGCAGGUGCUUGGGGUGGCCAAUACCAGGGGGCAGCCCUCCGGCUGCUAUUGGGGCGGUAGCUCUGGGUCUUCAGCGGCAAGUCCCUCACUCCCUCAGAGCGAAGGACCAGCCGCCGAAUUGAAGAGUGGAGCGGUGAGAUCGCGCUGCUGCAGCUUUUUUUUUUUUGCGCGCCGCUUGGGGGCAAACCUUGUCUUUUUCAGAGUAGUUUUUCCAUUGUUUUAAAAAGCCAACACAGUAUCAUUAGGUUAACAUGCAUUAGCUCAUCAAGGCUGCAGUGGUGGUUGGGAUGCAUUUCCAUUUUACCAGUUUGACAGGUGAACCAAGACCUGCACUCCCAAAACGUAAUCUUGGAUGGAAACUUGCUUUGUAGCUGUCACUCCCCUUUGUCAGAUAGAAGGCACAGGUAACUACUUGAGUGCAGCAGGACAUUUUGCUGCAGUGGUUUUAGUUCCACUGGAUGAGAUACCUGUGCUGGGGCCUUGCUGUUGGGAAUAAAAGUCACCUCUACGGAGAACACAGACCAUGUUUGAAAACCAGUCAAGAACUAUGAAUUAUUGGUACUGCAGUAGCACUAGGAGCCCCAGUCAUGGAUCGGGGCCCCAUUGUGCUGUAUAGAAACAGAACCCCUGCCUCAGAGCACUUGGGGAGCUCACCUUGGGUACUCCAAAGUAGUAGCACCUAAAAUUAGUGGACGCUUGGAAUAUAUGCUGUCAGUCCAGACUCCCUCAGUCAAAUCGGGAUAAGAAGUUACCUAGCAUCACUUUAAGGAGUGUUGUGAGGUUUAGGGUCUAAACUGCUUUGAAACGCAGUCUGCAUAAAUACAAACGACAAUGAGAAACCAGCAUGUGUUAACUCCUUGUGCUUAACAAUCUGCCCUACUUUGUAUUUCGCUGAGGCACUAAUGACCUUUCCCAAGCCUGAAGAACCAGAAAGUUCAAAAGCUUGCCUCUUUCCCCAACAAAAUUUGAUCCAACAUGAGAAAUCAUACAAAAGUACCCUUGUUGGGGCCAUUAUUAUUGCUCUGUACCAUUACAUGGGAUUCCUACUGUAGUACCCUAAAGAUAUAGAUUAUGGAUUGCUUAAAAAAUACAUUGUUUCUACAGCAGCUUUCAAAUAAGGAUCUUAUGGUGCUUUAUAGACAUUAAUUAAGCCUCACACACACCUUUGAUACAGGGAAGUGUUAUCACAUUACAGUUGGGGAAACACCCAGGGGUUGUCACUGGUCACAAAUGGCACAGAAAGAAAGAAACCAAGUCUAUUGCCUUGGUUCUGCCCAUCAGACCACAUUCCCUACCAUCUCUCGGUACUCACAAAAAGAUUAUAUCUGUUUUAUAUUUCCCACAUUCCUUGUGUUAAAUCUAUUUCAUUUAGUUAUGUUAGGUACAUCCAACAUCACUGGAAUGUCUCAGUGUGUCAGGGAAACAAACAAUUCAAGAUCAAAGGCUAGCGGUGGCCCACUUAGAGAAAACCACCUGUUUUGCUCAGUCCCUCCCACCUCCACUGCAGAAGUUAGCAUAUCAUAAGUCAAAAAAAUUCUGAAAAGUUGAUCAUCAACUUCUUCAGAAAGAGUAGUGCUUCUCCAGUCUUCUUUGGAAAGAGCUGGGGAAUUAGCAGAUUCAAAGGAGCUCAACACUGGACGAAUGACACAUCUCAUGCCUAGUUUCAGUUGUGAAAGAAACAAGGGAUGAGGUGGGUUUAGAAGAAGGGAGCUACUAAGUCAUCUCCUAACAGGAUUUUUUGUUUAAUGGCUAGAGAGCUUUUCCCAGCAGUUUUCAUGUCACCCAAUUGAUGGACGUUGUGCUUUAUGGACACAAAAUAAUGAGGAGGUCCCUGCUUCGUAGAGCUUUCGAUCCAAGUAGCUGGUUGCUGGCCUAUCAAAAGCAGUUACCAUAUACAGGUUAUUUCUAAUGCCAGGCCCCCCAUAUGCCCUAGUGGGGACAGCCAAAGUCAUGUGAUGGGAUGUCACAACCAUGGCAUCAGUAAUAAGAGCAGUUGAUGAAAUACCAGAGAAAACUGCAAGGACUGUCUGAAGUCUGUGUCAAGGGAGCUUCCAAGAUCUCCUAGUUCCAGCAGAGUUAGCUGUUCAUUAGUUCUCCUUUCUCCGAUUUGCCCUGGAUUACAGCCCCACCUUAGUGCAUUCCUCUUUCCCCGACGCCUCGGAGGAGGGAUUCACAGUAUGUUAGGAUGAUAAUUUGCACAUUCACCUUUUGCCUCUAGCUUUCUGGCAAUGAAUGGAUCAGUAAGGCUGCUUUUAUUAAAAAAAGGCAACAGAUGGCAGAGCCAAAACUCAGUCUGUAACAGUGGUCAUUUUUACUUGGGGCAGGUGAGGAAAAAAUGGGAAGAUUUAAGUGGAGCCAAUUGGAUAUUUGAUGUCAUCAUAACCACAUUCAUUGUAAGAUAUACCAGUGACACCAAUUAAAGUCAUGCAAAGCUUGUG